AUGGGGAUCAAACAACUGCGAUACGGGCGGAACCCAGGUGGUUUGUUCUUGGUGCUUGCAUGGGCAUCAGUAGUUUGCGCCAGCCUGCAGCCCUUCCAGCCCGUCGAGACAGCAGCCCCCGUCGCAAAACGCCAGGAGUCCGGAUGUCUCGCCAAUUUCUUCAGCUGCGCCGACCAGGGUCCUGCGUUUGACGGCGUCUGCUGCCAAAACGGUCAACGAUGCGCCCUCGACGCCAGCGAUAGCCCGGCCUGCUGCCCUACCAACGCCGUCUGCACCGGCACCGCGCCAGAAAGCUUCGUGCCCCCCGGCCCGGCCGCCACCACAGCCGCCUCCUACGUCCCGAACGUCUUCUUCUCCUUCCCCUACGUCGCCACCUACUUCGCCAACCCGGGCCACUGCUCCGCGGCCAUCAGCCAAUGCAACGCAAACCACGCGGCCUGUACCUCGCAGCUGGCGGGUCAGGAUGGCUCGGGGGCUGGGUACGCCGUUACCGUCGUGGUUCCGGGCGGCGGCGAGGACGACGGUGACUGCGGGGGGAGGGAUCAGCGUCGACGCUGCCGCCGUUACGAGUAUUUCGUGGCCUGCGGCGAUCUUCGACCCAGCAUGUGCACCAUGACCGGCACUUCUACCGAUGGCUUCUACUUCGGGACGGAUUCGGGCAAUGCGGCAGCGAGGCCGACGGGGGCAGCAGCAUGCGCCGGACUAGUUGGUGCUGUUGCCGCAGGAGUGGCUGGGCUGGGGAUCCUAUGA